GAGCUCGAACAGAUGGCAAAAGAGCAAGAUAAAGAGUCGGAGAAACAAGCCUUACUGCGGGAAGUGGAAAACCAUAAGAAACAAAUGCUCAGCAAUCAGGCAGCUUGGAGAAAGGCAAAUCUAGCUUGCAAAAUUGCUAUCGACAACUCUGAGAAAGAUCAACUGCUGCAGGGAAGAGACUCCUUAAGACAAAGGAAGACUACAAAGGAAAGUCUGGCAGAGAGUGCAAGUAACAUCACGGAGAGUCUGAUGGGCAUUAGCAGGAUGAUGUCACAGCAAGUCCAGCAGAGUGAGGAGACCGUACAAACCCUAGCCAAUUCUUCACGAACUAUCCUGGAAGCAAAUGAAGAAUUUAAGUCCAUGUCUGGGACAAUUCAGUUGGGGCGAAAGCUAAUAACAAAGUACAAUCGCAGGGAACUGACGGACAAGCUGCUAAUCUUUCUCGCCCUUGCUUUAUUCCUGGCCACGGUGCUCUAUAUUUUG